AUGUUUAGUGGUUUAUGGUGCUCAUCUAUAGGUACCAAUGUUGUUGGAGUUUUCACCACACAUUCAGGCAUGGCUUUUAUAUGUAGACACACUGAUGAAAGUCGUACAUUUCACCGUAUUUCUGGAUACAUGGGAUCAUGUGAAAAAGAAAUGUGGAUAAAUACAUUGAGUGUUCUAUCUACCGUACAAACAGAAGGCAGUCAUUUAUUGUAUUUGGCUGAAUGUCAUCUUAUCAAUUGUUGGAAAAUUCUGAUUUGUAAUGAAAAUGGUGAUUUGGUGACAGAUUUUACACUUGAUAAUUCAUCAAUAAAAGUUACUGGAUAUUGUGCGAAGUUACUAUCACCAACUGAAGACAAUAGUUCAACAUUGAUCUAUCUUAUAAUUGCAACAUCAGAUAAUAUUUUACGUGUUCUAGGAUGUGCAAUAAACAAUCCAAUCACAGUGGUGAAUUCAAAACAGUGGAAACAGCUUGAUAAUUCAUCAAUAAAAGUUACUGGAUAUUGUGCGAAGUUACUAUCACCAACUGAAGACAAUAGUUCAACAUUGAUCUAUCUUAUAAUUGCAACAUCAGAUAAUAUUUUACGUGUUCUAGGAUGUGCAAUAAACAAUCCAAUCACAGUGGUGAAUUCAAAACAGUGGAAACAGCUUGAUAAUUCAUCAAUAAAAGUUACUGGAUAUUGUGCGAAGUUACUAUCACCAACUGAAGACAAUAGUUCAACAUUGAUCUAUCUUAUAAUUGCAACAUCAGAUAAUAUUUUACGUGUUCUAGGAUGUGCAAUAAACAAUCCAAUCACAGUGGUGAAUUCAAAACAGUGGAAACAGCUUGAUAAUUCAUCAAUAAAAGUUACUGGAUAUUGUGCGAAGUUACUAUCACCAACUGAAGACAAUAGUUCAACAUUGAUCUAUCUUAUAAUUGCAACAUCAGAUAAUAUUUUACGUGUUCUAGGAUGUGCAAUAAACAAUCCAAUCACAGUGGUGAAUUCAAAACAGUGGAAACAGGCACAGUUAGUUAUUUUGGUUAAUUUGUCAGUUGACAAUGCAAUGAAUCAAUGUAACCCUAUUGAAAAUAUGUAA